CUCAUGACGAGGAUAUAGGUCUGGUGAUUUAUGUCUAUCAAACGAGUCGAGGGUGCACAUUCAUUCAUUCAUUCACGUGAACAAACCAGUCAGUCAAAAGAGUCCGAUAGAAACGAGUGGACAUUCAUCGAUCCAUGCAUACUUGCAAAAUGUAGUCAGCCUUGCUCCGCCACUAACACGGCUCGGUCAACAUGCCAGAACACCUAUCAAGCCAGCACCCCUCAGCCCACCACCCUCUCCCUGUCGAUGACGUCACGCUCGAGACCGAAUGGCCGCAGCACACGGCGGGCGGCACCAACCGACACAGGGUAGCGGUCUGCGAGCGGAAGUAGCUGUACAGCCACAGAUUCCUCGGUCGUGUACAGCUCGAUGUCGCCCCACCAUACGCACAGGUGCGCAGCGACGGUCUCAUUGGGCCGCCAGCCGCUCAGAAUCACAUCACGAACGUCCCUCGCAUCAGCAGCAUUAAGAUUGCCCCAAUCCAAGCGAUAGUCGACCGCGAUGCCCUGACCCUCUGUGAUGUCGUCGGUCCUCAGCAGACGGCCACAGCGAAAGUCGUCACGGCCGAUUCGUGCAGAGAGCACCAGCUUGCCCACCCCCUCUUGACGGCGCCACCGGCAGAGCAGCCUCUUUAGCAAGAAUGCCGAGAAGGAAGGGUAGAGCCAUCCGCUCCAGCGGAUGACAGGGUCGGUCCUCUGGUAGCCCUCAGCAUAGGGAUGGCCGGCAGGCAGCUCACCCAGCGGCACCACACCAAACGGCACCUCAUUGCCGACCCGAUAGGCCCCGUUGUCGGCUGGCUGCAGCGCCAGGCUGUGUGUGUUGUGUGUGACCAUGUGGCCGAACAGCCGAUAGAUUGCCAUCGCCAAUGGCAGCUGGUGGAAUGCCGUCCUGCUGGGCAGGUGGGCUGCCAGCCACUGAGCCGACAGCACCAGGGGCAGCCCAUUGGCAGGGAUCAGCCGAUAGAUGGCGGCCAGCCGGAUGAACCGCCCCAUCCCAGGCCACUCGUUGCUGCCCUGCUCCAGCACAUAGGCCGCCCGCAGCACAUAGCUGAAUGGGAGAGGGGCGGUGCGGUCGAUGUCGAUGAGGCCGGUGAGGGAGUGGCGGGCGAGGGAGCCGUCGAUGCGCUCCACCAGCAGAGCGGCGGUCACUAGAGCCGCCUUCGCUUGGCAGGCCGCUCUGACACAGACCGCCUCAUGGACGAGAAGGGACGGCAGAAUGCGCCGGCGCCACAGCUCGUCGGGCACCAAAUCAGACAU